AUGAAUGGCUCAGAAGAUUUCAAGGAUGGCCAGAGUGGAGGUAAGGACCAAACAGACCUUGGCAGCAGGAAGGGAGUGAGGGUGACGGGGGGAUAUGUCACUCUGGUGGACUGGAGCAGCAGAGGAGGAGGUCCUGCCAUCACCCACUCAGCCACCAGUGAUCCUGUACCUCCACACACCCCCACUGUGAUCUCUAUCGGCACUCCACCUCCCAGGCCCCCAGAGAAAUUGGACGAGCCGCUGGAUGAAUCUUCUGUUGGGGAGAACUGGACCACAGAGGUGUCGACUGAGACCAGGGCAUCCUACUAUGAGAUAGGCAUCCUCAGGCAGACCAUGGAUGAGCUGAAGACCAUCCUGAGGGACAGCCCUCUGCUCAGCAUCCAAGGAACAUAUGUUGGGAAGCCAGGGAGCCCUUAUACGUACCUCCAUGGGAGCAGCAGCAGCUCCGGUGGAAGGUCUGAUGGGAGUCAAAAGGAUGGAACACCCCACAGGGUGUCCAGCACCUUCAAACCUCACUUUGAUGCUUCCAGAAGGGGGCCCAGGUCCAGAGAGGACACAUCUAUUCAGCUGCCUUCCAGCAUGGAUUCAUCCAGCACAUUCAGAUACUUCACACUGUUUUCCACAGAUAACAGGAACAAGACAGUAGAGAUAUCUGGGAAUCUCAGGUUCAUCGCAGCCAUGGAGCAGAUCAAGCAGCAGAUCAACAGAGAGAAUAUCAACUUUGUCCGCUUUGAGGCCACCGACCUCCAUGGGGUGUCCAGGUCCAAGACAGUGCCUGUCCGCUUCUUCCAUGAGAAAGCAGUACAUGGGGUUCCAAUGCCAAGAAGCUACUUGGAGCUGACGCUGAGCCCUAAGAGCAACGAAGUGGACCACGCCAACACCGCCAGCUUCAGCAGUGAUGUUCUCCUGAUCCCUGACCUUUCGACCUUCAGGGCCCUGCCAUGGGCUGAGCAGACAGCGCGUGUCAUUUGUGACCCCUGCACAGUGACAGGAAGCCCCCUUCGCACUUCCCCUCGUCUCAUCGCCAAGCAGUUGCUCGGCCAGCUCCAAAGCCUGGGAUUCUCCCUGCACUCAUCCUUCACCUACGAAUGCUGCGUCCUCGGAGCCCCAGAUAGGAUUGGACCGAAGACACUCCUGUUCCCAGCCACCACCCUGCUGAGCAACCAUGACCUGCCUUUCCUCCAGCAACUGGUGGACAGCAUGUACUGCAUGGGAGCAGACAUAGACAGCAUUGCCUCUGCAAGUGGACCUAGCCAAAUGGAGAUCAAUCUGAGGCCAGAGUUUGGGAUUGCAGCUGCAGACAGUGCCUUCACCUUCCGCACCGGUAUCAAAGAACUGGCCCGUAAACACAGCUACAUCGCUGGCUUCUUCACAGAUGACGGCCUGUACAAUGCAGGUGUGCUCUCUCACAGCUUGUGGGAUACUAACGGGCGACGUGGCCUGUUCCACAGCGGGGAGAAGGUGGGCGAGCUGUCUGAGAUUGGCAGGAAAUGGCUGGCUGGCCUCCUCACCCACUCUGCUGCUCUGAGCUGCCUGAUGUCGCCCGGCCUUGGCUGCCGGAGCCACAUGGCAAAGAUGAUCAAAGACCCUAAACAAAUGCUGUACGCCACCUGCGGCUGCAAUGACAACAGCACUUCUUUCAACAUCAAGUGUCACGGUGGGAGGGAGACACACAUUGACAACAAGCUUGGCUCAGCCAUGGCCAACCCUUACAUCGCACUGGCUGCUACGGUGGCCGCAGGACUGGACGGCAUCAGAAGAAACCUGAACAGUGAAAGCGAUCUCAGCAAAGCCCCCAGUCAGCAGAGGGAAUACGCCAUUCCCGUGAAGCUCGAGGACGUUCUGGAGGCACUGGCUGAGGAUCACGUCAUGCUUGGUGCCCUCGGAGAGCCCUUUGUUCAGUAUUUCAUCGCCAUGAAAAAGUUUGAGAUUGAGACCCAAGAACUGGAUGAUGAGAGAAACAAGUGUCUGGAGUAUUUUAUCUAG